CUGAUUCUCCCCCUGAAUCCUCGUCUUUCCUUCUAAUACUGCGAAUGAUAUCUUAUGUUUCGCUUUUCACUCCCUUAAAAUUCAUGAAUGAACUUGCCGUCCAUUGACUCGGCUCAGCCCCAUUCUACUCUAUGUUUUAUUCGUCACUCAAUAUAUAUACCAUAUACACGACCUACAAGUGUCCACGCUACUGACCUCGUUGCCAUCGACGCCGGCAUUCUUCCCCUUGUCACCAUCUUAAAGUACCAAACUUCUUGCCGACUCUUCCUCACCACACGGGAUGUUUGGAAACGGCCAGGCUGGUCAGCGCCUCCCGGCGAUGGCCUCACCACCACACGAUUCGUAUUACUCACAGUCAUUAGCAUCUAGUCGAUCAAGAAAUAACUCAGAUGCCAUGGAUAUCUACGCCAUUACAGACCGAGACCCCCAAGCACGAGAACCCUCUGGUUAUAGCCAGUGGUACCGUAAUGGUUCUCCAAGUGUGAAUUCCAUUAAUAGCAAGAGUUCUGAAAACAAGCCUGUCUAUGAAGAAAACGGACGAAUGUAUCAUGCGUACCGCAAAGGGGUAUAUAUGUUACCAUGCGAUGAGCAGGAGCAAGAUCGCCUUGAUAUCUUCCACAAAUUGUUCUCGGUGGCAAGGGUGUCGGAUGGCUUAAUGUACGCCCCGCAUCCCAGAAAUGGCCGAUUCUUAGACUUGGGCUGCGGGACCGGGAUAUGGGCAAUUGAUGUUGCCAACAAAUAUCCAGACGCUUUCGUUGUUGGGGUCGACCUUGCUCCCAUACAGCCCCCAAAUCACCCAAAGAAUUGCGAAUUCUACGCCCCGUUCGACUUCGAGAGUCCUUGGGCGAUGGGUGAGGACUCUUGGGACCUGAUUCACCUGCAGAUGGGAUGUGGAAGUGUGAUGGGGUGGCCGAACCUGUACCGGAGAAUAUUCGCUCACCUUCGACCUGGGGCUUGGUUUGAACAGGUGGAGAUCGAUUUUGAACCGCGUUGCGAUGAUCGUCCUCUCGAGGGAUUAGCUAUUCGACAGUGGUACCAACUUCUAAAGCAAGCUACACAAGAUGCGAUGCGACCUAUUACCCACAAUUCUCGUGACACAAUCCGAGAUCUGCAGGAAGCGGGUUUUACUGAUAUCGAUCAUCAAAUGGUGGGGUUGCCCCUUAACCCAUGGCAUCAAGAUGAGCACGAAAGAAAAGUUGCUCGCUGGUACAAUUUGGCUGUCUCGGAGAGUAUUGAAUCACUCAGUAUGGCGCCCUUCAGUCGUGUGUUUGGUUGGGACUUGGACCGAAUCCGGCGCAUUUCAUCAGAAGUCAAGUCGGAGGCAUUCAACAAAGAACUACACGCCUAUAAUAUUCUUCAUAUAUACCAAGCACGGAAGCCUUCUGCGAAUUGAUUCUUUCUACCGACGUGCGCACGAUGGACCAUCCAAAAAUGCACCAGCAGCGUUACUAGUGCCCAGGCUCCGAGUUAUGGAAGGGCGAAAUCACCGUUCACGCAAUUUCCUAUCUGCUCUUCUCAUGAGUCCUCUUUAUAUG